AAAGGAAUUCAGCGACAUCAUGUGGCCAAAAGAGGGACUCCUUGUUUUGCAGCAGCAGAGGAAGGACGUGGACUAAAUCGUGCUUGAAGAACUGAAGAAGUUUGGACCCAGAAAUGGCAGCGCAGGAGGAAUUCUUUGCAGGCAUCCCUAAGAUCCAGUAUGUUCCAGCUGCUGGACCCUCAGAUGUCAUGUGCUUCAAACACUACAAUGCAGGAGAGGUUCUAAUGGGGAGGACGAUGGAGGACUGGCUGAGGUUCUCCGUCUGUUACUGGCACUCCUUCUGUGGAACUGGCGCCGAUCCGUUCGGGUUUCCAACCCUCCAGCGGCCCUGGAAUCACGGGACUCCCAUGGAAUCGGCCAGGAAGCGGCUCCAUGCUGCAUUUGAAUUCUUCACCAAGCUUGGUGUGAAGUAUUACACGUUUCAUGACAGAGAUAUGGCCCCUGAGGGCUCCACAUUGGAGGAGUCCAACAGGAAUCUGGAUGAAAUCACAGAUAUGGCUCUGAAGCUGCAGAACCAGACUGGAAUCAAGGUGCUGUGGGUCACCUGCAACCUCUUCGCUCACCCAAGGUAUAUGAACGGUGCAGCCACCAACCCAGACGGCCAUGUGUUGGCCUACGCUGGUGCUCAGGUCAAGAAGGGCUUGGAUAUUGCCAAGAAGCUGGAUGCAGAAAACUUUGUGUUUUGGGGAGGCAGAGAAGGUUUCCUCUCCAUCCACAACACUGAUGUCGCUGCUGAGCUGAAGCACAUGGCCAGCUUCUUCAAAAUGGCCGUCAAGUACAAAGAGAAGAUUGGGUUGAAGUGUCAGUUUCUUAUUGAGCCCAAACCUAAGGAGCCCUGCAAACACCAGUACGACUACGAUGCCAUGAGUGUUAUAGGAUUCCUUAAGCAUUAUGGUCUGGAGAGUCACUUUAAGUUGAACAUUGAGCCCAACCACACCACCCUGGCAGGACACUCCUAUGAGCAUGAUGUCGUCAUGGCUUCUGCUUUUGGCAUGCUGGGCUCGGUUGACUCAAACACUGGUUCUCCUGACUUGGGAUGGGACACCGAUCAGUUCCCCAUGGACAUCAGGAACACCACCUUGGUCAUGAAGACUAUCAUCGAACAAGGUGGCCUGCAGCCAGGAGGCCUGAACUUCGAUGCGAAGGUUCGCCGAGAGUCCACUGACCUCGAGGACCUCUUCAUCGCUCACAUCGGAGCCAUGGACGCCUUCGCAAGAGGACUCAGAAAUGCUGUUCGCAUCAUUGAGGACGGGAUUCUAGCUGGUAUGCUGAAGGAGCGGUACUCAAGUUUCAGUCACGGCCUUGGACAGAAGGUGGAGGAUGGUUCUGCCACCUUAGAGGAGAUGGAGGCUUUCAUCAAGCAGAACGGUGAACCGAAAGUAACUUCAGGAAAGCAGGAAAAAUGUGAGACCAUCUUUAAUCACUACAUUUAAUAAAAACAUUGUCUCUCUCUGUGUAUUAGCAUAUAACUUUGGACCUGCUGCUUCACUGAUAAAGAAGCACUGAGUCCUGUUGGAAUUAAUACUAAUUAAUGUAGUUAACCAUGUAAAAUGCUGAACAUGCAAUUUGACAAGUUAAAAUGGUGAAAUGUGUAUUAGUUUGAAUUUCUAAUUCCACUUACCUGCCAUAUCAUCUGGUUGUUUUCAUAAGAAUUAAUGACUAACUUUUCUGUUUAUCUAAACACAUCAUCAAAAUGAACUUGAUCAUGUGUACUUACAUUGUUCACACAGUUCUACAAUGAAUAAAUCUAACAAAUAUCCAGAAAAAUACACUUUUUGUAAUUAAUAAACACAGCACAAAAUA